GAGAAAAGUAUAGUGAUACCAAGCAAAAGAGCGCUCGUUGAGCAAGCCUACAAAAUGGCACGAUCGCAGAGCUAUGUUCUGAUGCUGUUCGUUAUGAUGGCUUGGAGUUUAUUGUAUCAUAGUUGGUUGACGUUUGUUUUGAUGAUAAUCUCGUGUGUUGUCUGGAUGUACCCGAAUUCACAACGAUUCUGUGCGAAAAUUUCGCCAUACAUCGCCUUCUAUGCUCAAGCGCUAGUCCUUAUUCAGUUCAUAUACAGCCUUGAUUUGACCCAAGCCGAACUUCCUGACGAGAAUCCAGACAAUCCGUGUCAAAUCAUUGUGGUGUCAAAACACGAGCAGAUUAAAACGAAACUGAACCUCGGCGAUUUGCAGAUCGGAUUUGAGAAGCCACGAACUGCACCGCCCUGCCGUUCGAUUCUAUUGAAAUUCAUGUUUACAGUAUUGUUUUGGAUUACUGUCAAACAACGAACGAUCGAGAAACGUCGAGGAGAGGCAGUGGCAGGUGGUGAAAAGAAGCCCGAUGUCGCUGAAAAGCUCACUGAGGAAUCAGCGAAAGGUGCGAUUGAAUUUGAAGGUCAAAAUAAGCUGUAA